AUGUGUGCUGGUGCCCCAUCGAGCGAGGUCCGACAGCUAAUAGAUGUCGCCACUGGGGGCAAGCCAAGCCCAUUCCCGACAAUAAAGAAGCACGAGUGCGAGUGCGUGCGCGAGCGCGUGCACGAGUGCGAGUGCGUGCGCGAGUGCGAGUGCGUGCGCGAUUGCGAGUGCGUGCGCGAACGCGUGCGCGAAUGCGUGCGGGAGGGCGUGCGCGAUUGCGAGUGCGUGCGCGAUUGCGAGUGCGUGCGCGAUUGCGAGUGCGUGCGCGAACGCGUGCGCGAAUGCGUGCGGGAGGGCGUGCGCGAUUGCGAGUGCGUGCGCGAGUGCGAGUGCGUGCGCGAUUGCGAGUGCGUGCGCGAACGCGUGCGCGAAUGCGUGCGGGAGUGCGUGCGCGAGUGCGUGCGGGAGUGCGAUUGCGAGUGCGUGCGCGAUUGCGAGUGCGUGCGCGAUUGCGAGUGCGUGCGCGAACGCGUGCGCGAAUGCGUGCGGGAGGGCGUGCGCGAGUGCGUGCGGGAGUGCGAUUGCGAGUGCGUGCGCGAUUGCGAGUGCGUGCGCGAUUGCGAGUGCGUGCGCGAACGCGUGCGCGAAUGCGUGCGGGAGGGCGUGCGCGAGUGCGUGCGGGAGUGCGAUUGCGAGUGCGUGCGCGAUUGCGAGUGCGUGCGCGAGUGCGAGUGCGUGCGCGAUUGCGAGUGCGUGCGAAAGUGCGAGUGCAUGCGCGAUCGCGUGCGCGAAUGCGUGCGGGAGUGCGUGCGCGAGUGCGUGCGGGAGCGCGUGAGCGAAUGCGUGCGGGAGUGCGAUUGCGAGUGCGUGUGCGAUUGCGAGUGCGUGCGCGAGUGCGAGUGCGUGCGCGAGUGCGAGUGCGUGCGCGAGUGCGAGUGCGUGCUCGAACGCGUGCGCGAAUGCGUGCGGGAGUGCGUGCGCGAGUGCGUGCGGGAGUGCGAUUGCGAGUGCGUGUGCGAUUGCGAGUGCGUGCGCGACUGCGAUUGCGUGCGCGAUUGCGAGUGCGUGCGCGAACGCGUGCGCGAAUGCGUGCGGGAGGGCGUGCGCGAGUGCGUGCGGGAGUGCGAUUGCAAGUGCGUGCGCGAUUGCGAGCGCGUGCGCGAAUGCGUGCGGAAGUGCGUGCUCGAGUGCGUGCGCGAGUGCGAGUGCAUGCGCGAACGCGUGCGCGAAUGCGUGCGGGAGCGCGUGCGCGAGUGCGUGCGGGAGUGCGUGCGCGAGUGCGUGCGCGAUUGCGAGUGCGUGCGCGAAUGCGUGCGGGAGUGCGUGCUCGAGUGCGUGCGCGAGUGCGAGUGCAUGCGCGAACGUGUGCGCGAAUGCGUGCGGGAGCGCGUGCGCGAGUGCGUGCGGGAGUGCGUGCGCGAGUGCGUGCGCGAGUGCGAGUGCAUGCGCGAACGCGUGCGCGAAUGCGUGCGGGAGUGCGUGCGCGAGUGCGUGCGGGAGCGCGUGCGCGAAUGCGUGCGCGAGUGCGAUUGCGAGUGCGUGCGCGAUUGCGAUGCGUGCGCGAACGCGUGCGCGAGUGAGUGCGUGCGGGAGUGCGUGCGGGAGUGCGUGCGCGAGUGCGUGCGGGAGGGAGUGCGCGAAUGCGUGCGGGAGUGCGAUUGCGAGUGCGUGCGCGAUUGCGAGUGCGUGCGCGAGUGCGAGUGCGAGCGCGAACGCGUGCGCGAAUGCAUGCGGGAGCGCGUGCGCGAGUGCGUACGGGAGCGCGUGCGCGAGUGCUGCGUGCGGGAGCGCGUGCGCGAGUGCGUGCGGGAGUGCGUGCGCGAGUGCGUGCGCGAUUGCGAGCGCGUGCGCGAAUGCGUGCGGGAGUGCGUGCUCGAGUGCGUGCGCGAGUGCGAGUGCAUGCGCGAACGCGUGCGCGAAUGCGUGCGGGAGCGCGUGCGCGAGUGCGUGCGGGAGUGCGUGCGCGAGUGCGUGCGCGAGUGCGAGUGCAUGCGCGAACGUGUGCGCGAAUGCGUGCGGGAGUGCGUGCGCGAGUGCGUGCGGGAGCGCGUGCGCGAAUGCGUGCGGGAGUGGGAUUGCGAGUGCGUGCGCGAUUGCGAGUGCGUGCGCGAGUUCGAGUGCGUGCGCGAACGCGUGCGCGGAUGCGUGCGGGAGUGCGUGCGCGAGUGCGUGCGCGAGUGCGAGUGCAUGCGCGAACGUGUGCGCGAAUGCGUGCGGGAGUGCGUGCGCGAGUGCGUGCGGGAGUGA